CGGGAGCCCGGGCCCUGCAGCCUGCGAGCGCCACCGGCGGGCCGGGUUCACCCGCCGCCCACCCCGCUCCUGGCGCGGCCGAGCUCCGGUGAUACCUGCAGCCGCCGAGCGAGAGAGCCGGGGACACCACCGCGCCGCCGCCGCCUCGAAACUCGCCAAAGUUGAGAGGCUGCCGCCCACCGGGAGCAGGAGGGAAAGUGCGAGCGCGCGGGGCACGAACCGACAGACGGACGCGCAGACCUUCGGAGCGCACCGCCGUCGGCGGCCUCUCCCGAACCGCUGCGGCUUCCCAGCGCUGUGAGUGGUCGGCUAGACCGACGGCUGGCUAAAUUGGUGGGAGGCUGAACUGGUGAGAAGCGACUGGAAGAGACUCAGGCGACCAUAAUGUCGUUAAGGUUCCACACACUGCCCACCCUGCCAGGAGCUGUCAGACCGGGUUGCAGAGAGCUGCUGUGUUUGUUGGUCAUCGCCGUGAUGGUGAGCCCUAGUGCCUCAGGGAUGUGCCCCACUGCUUGCAUCUGCGCCACCGACGUUGUCAGCUGCACCAACAAAAACCUGUCAAAGGUGCCUGGGAGCCUCUUCAGACUGAUCCGAAGACUGGAUCUGAGCUAUAACAGGAUCGGACUUCUAGAAGCCGACUGGAUCCCGGUGUCGUUCGUCAAGCUGAGCACCCUGAUUAUCCGGCAGAACAACAUCACCAGCAUCUCCACUGGCAGCUUCUCGUCUCUUCCAAAUUUAAAGUGUCUUGACCUGUCAUCCAACAGGCUGAAGUCGGUGAAGAGUGGCACGUUCCAAGGGCUGGAGCUUCUGGAAGUGCUGCUGCUUUACAACAACCAUAUGUCAUCUCUGGACCCGGCAGCGUUCGGAGGGCUCUCCCGCUUGCAGAAACUCUACUUGAGUGGCAACUCCCUCACGCAGUUUCCUAUGGAUUUGUACGUUGGGAGGUUCAAGCUGGCCGAUCUGACAUUUUUAGAUGUUUCCUAUAACCGAAUUCCUUCCAUACCAGUGCACCAUAUAAACUUAGUGCCGAGCAAACAGCUCAGGGGCAUCUACCUCCACGGGAACCCGUUCGUCUGUGACUGCGCGCUGCACUCACUGCUAACCUUCUGGUACCGUCGGCACUUUAGCUCAGUGAUGGAUUUUAAGGAUGACUACACCUGUCGCCUGUGGUUGGACUCCAGGCACUCCCACCAGCUGUCCCUGCUCCAGGACAGUUUUCUGAACUGUUCUUACAGCGUCAUCAAUGGCUCCUUCCACGCGCUCGGCUUUAUUCACGAGGCUCAGGUUGGGGAAAGGACGGUUGUCCACUGUGACAGCAAGGCUGGGAACGGGAAUACCGACUUCGUGUGGGUUGGUCCCGACAACAGACUGCUAGAGCCAGACAAAGACACGGGGAACUUCCGUGUGUUCUACAACGGAAGUCUGGUCAUCGAGAACCCUGGUUUUGAGGAUGCUGGGGUUUAUUCCUGUAUUGCGAUGAAUAGGCAGCGUCUGUUAAAUGAAACUGUGGAUAUCAUGAUAAAUGUGAGCAAUUUCACCAUAAACAGAUCCCACGCCCAUGAGGCAUUUAACACGGCUUUUACCACCCUCGCUGCCUGCGUGGCCAGUAUAGUCCUGGUACUGUUGUAUCUGUACCUGACACCGUGCCCGUGCAAAUGUAGAGCCAAGCGACAUAAAAAUAUGCUUCAGAACCAAAGCAGUGCCCGUGCCCACUCAUCCAUUCUUAGUCCCGGCCUUACUAGCGAUGGCUCUGCUGAGGAACCGAAGGCAGGUAAAAGAGUGGUGUUUUUGGAGCCCCUGAAGGAUGCCGCAGCUGGACAGAAUGGAAAAGUCAAGCUUUUCCCCAGUGAGACCGUUAUAGCCGAGGGCAUCCUAAAGUCCACAAGGGCAAAAUCUGACUCAGACUCAGCAAAUUCUGUGUUCUCAGACACGCCCUUUGUGGCAUCCACUUAGCUGUGUUUGUUCCCUGCGUUUGUCUGGUGUCAUGAUCUAAUCUCUCCCUGUUUAACUUUGUGUGGUCCACAAAAUGAAUAGCAGGACAGAGACUGUUUUGUCUUCUGAGAUGAAAACCAAAUGGUGUCUUUUAAGAUGGUUGCUAGGAAGUGAAGCAAAGCCCACUGGUUGCUCACUGUGCUGGGGGAAAGAUGGGGUUGGUUUUGAGAGUUUUAAGUUCUGGAGAGCAGCGUCUUAGCCUUCAGCGUCGCUGGUGAUGAUUUCAAAGCUGGCCUGAAGGCAGUAGGACCGGCCACUAUCCCUUUAUUCGGAUAUGGUAAAGGAAAAACAAGGCUACACGUUAGUAUUCUGUAAAAACAGACCCUGUUAACUUACUAGAACCAAAGUUGAGAUUUCCUUCUUUCUUUCUUUCUUUCUUUUUUGUAAAGAAAAAA